CCUCAUAUCCGGGUCUCAGUUCUUAGGCGCGUGUCUGAUCAGCUGGGAACGACGGUAAAAGCAAGAUGGCGGCGCCCGUGCGAGGCUUGCAGUGUGCUCUGAAAAAGAGUAUUGUACCACCGUUAGUCGUGAUUUUAGGAGCAACCGGUACUGGGAAGUCUAAACUGGCGAUUGAAAUUGGCAAACGACGUCAGGGAGAGAUAAUCAGUGCCGAUUCCAUGCAGGUGUAUCGUGGGCUGGACAUCAUAACCAAUAAGGUGACUGCUGAGGAGCGUGCCCAGUGUAGUCAUCACAUGAUCAGCUUCGUGGAUCCCUUGGUCAGCAGCUACACUGUGGUAGACUUCAGGAACAAGGCCCUGGCUCUCAUAGAGGACGUGUACAGCAGAGAGAAGCUACCUGUCAUAGUAGGAGGAACUAACUACUACAUAGAAUCACUGCUGUGGAGAGUACUGAUGGAUGAAGGGCAUGAGAAUGAAGGAGAGGGGAAGAAAGGCGGGUCUCUUGAUAGGAAGGCGGAGCUGGAGAAACUGGGCGGGGCUGAGCUCCACAGGAGACUGACCGAGGUCGAUCCUGAAAUGGCCUCCAUGCUACAUCCUCACGACACACGCAAGAUCGCCAGGAGCCUACAGGUGCAUGCGGAAACAGGCGUGCCUCACAGCCAUUGGUUGGAGGAGCAGAGAGGGCAGGAGGGGGGAGAUGUGCUGGGGGGGCCACUGAGGUACCCAGACCCCUGUAUCUUCUGGUUACAUGCUGACAUGGAGGCCAUAGAUGAGCGCUUGGACAGUCGUGUGGAUCAGAUGCUGUUGACAGGCCUGAUAGACGAGCUCAGAGAUUUCCACCUGAGAUUCAACCAGCAGAAGAUUCAGGACCAGAGUCAGGACUACCAGCAUGGUAUAUUCCAGUCUAUAGGUUUUAAGGAGUUCCAUGAGUACCUGACAUGUCCUGAUGAGACGACACAGGAGGUCCGAGAGACACUCCGGAACCAAGGUGUAGAGAAUCUGAAGAUGGCUACGAGACGGUACGCCAGGAAACAGAACAAAUGGGUCCGUAGUCGCUUCCUCAAGAGACCAGGGGACAACGUCCCGGCGGUGUAUGGUCUGGAUGUGACUGACGUGUCACAGUGGGAGGAGACUGUCCUAAGCCCAGCCCUUCUCAUACUGGAUAGUCUUACUAAGGGGGAGCGACCUACCGUUGAGCCGAUGAGAGUGGAGGGGGCAGGGAAGAGGAACAAGCGAAGCCGUCACACCUGUGAGCUGUGUGACAAGGUGAUCAUUGGAGAUCUGGAGUGGACAGCCCAUCUCAAGUCUAAAAAACACCACUAUCAUGUGAGGAAAAGGAGGAAGUCCGAGCCAGAACCUGAACCAGCCAGCGACCAGCCCCAGGGGACUACUCCACCUCCCACCCCUACUACAGAUGGCCCUACCCUGGGUAACUCCACUACUCCAGCCCCUGGCUCAGCUGAGGCCUGUGGAGAACCAGAGUCCCCAGGACAACACGGAGACCAGGGAUAAGUCGGUCUCUUGACGACAUCACCGCUAUGACUUCAUCGUUGUUUGACUCCAGCUCCAGGUUCCUUGGUGGAUUCUGAAGUGAAGUUGAAUUGUGACAGAACUCUCAAAUGGAAUGACAGUUGAUGUUUCACAGCAGGGUUCAAUAAGACCAAACGUCUAGUAACACACUCUAUGGUAACCGCUGUGUUUGUAACGAGAUGUACGUGUGUUUGAUUUGUAAUUAUUAAAAUUAAAGAUACAUUUUUUAAAAAUUGUUUUUAUAUGACUUCAGUUGUGUUUGAAUGACCAGACAAACAUGACAUCAUUUAAAUAGUUUUGUUAUGAGUGAAGUGGGGAUUUGUACCUUCAGUGGGACAUCUUAGGAGUUUUAAGUACUGUGUUUUCACUGCACUGAUUCUAGCCACUGUUUUACUAUACCGAACUAAAACUAUC